AUGUCGCAGCAACUUCGUCCGCUGGUCCCGCGGACAGCCCCGGAUCAGCAGAAUCCUAAUACUCCAGAUAGUGGAAGUAAUGGUUCCAAAAGACAACUCGUAUCUCGUCGAAAGCAUACCCCUACAGCUUGCGGUCUCUGCCGUAGAAGAAAGACAAGGUGUGAUGGAGAGCGUCCCAUCUGCUUUGCGUGUAUCCACCACGGCCGUUCAGCAGAAUGCACAUAUGAGACGAAGCCCGCAGAGACACAAAGUCAAGCUUUGAAGCGCAAGUAUAGUGCCGCAGAAGGCGAAAACACUGUCCAUCGUAGAUUCGUCGACAUCCUUCGGUCCUACCCAGCUCAAGAUGUCAACAACAUUCUCGGCCGUCUUCGUGGCGGCGCUAGCGUCGAUGAACUAGUUAGACAUAUCGAAUCAGGAGAUAUGCUCCUGGAGCUCUCGGUGGCACCAGAGCAAUACCACAGUCAUCACCAGGAACCGGAUCCCUCGCUUUGUACAAUGCUCCAUAUCACACAGCUACUAUGGUCAGCACCCUACUUGACACUUGCGAACCAUCAAAGUGAACGACAGUAUCGACAGAUGACGAGCUGCUCAGAGAAAUCCUUCGUCGUUAUUUUACUUCUGUCUACAUGUUUCUUCCCUUCUUUCAUAAAGACUAUUUCUUAUAUGAUAUGGCGCGCGGAAGAAAUCGCUUCUGUUCUUCUUUACUCGUUAAUGCAGUCCUGGCGUCUGGUUGUAGCAUGUCCGACGCUGCCGGAUCGUCACGAGUUUUCCAACCCUUCAUUACUACAAUACAAGUUCUUAUUAGAAGCGCGUCGUCUACGAGAACUUGGAGUCGGUGAAAGCAGCAUCACUGGGAUUCAGACCGAUAUGAUUUUACAUCUUGAACACGGUAUGAAUGGUCAAGAUAAGCUGGGAUGGUCUCUCUGCAUUGCGGCUGUAGCUUCGGCGCAAGAAUUGGGACCCUUUGAUGAUUAUACUCCGACUAUGAGUAAGGCUCAAAGAACAGUACGGACAAUGGCAGCCUGGGCUCUAUUUGCCUGGCAAGGACUGCAAAGCUAUCAUCAGGAGAAACCUCCUCUUCUCACAUCACCUCCCAGUAUAUCGUUGCCUACUGGCGAGGAUGCCUUUGGGGAGAUUUGGAUAAAGUACGCCGCAUCUCACUCUCCCAUGCCAGUUCACUUCAGCAACAUCUUUAUUGCCCUGGCUAGGUUUCGAACAAUUUUAAACCAAAUUUCAGACCGUCUCAAUUCACCUGUCACUUCACAACAGGGCAUGGAUAUCAAUGAGACCACGAUGAUUUAUCGUCAGCUUCAAGAUUGGUAUACUUGGUUGCCGAGCUACCUGAACGCUCAUAAUUUGGUGUUUCCUACUCACUUCAAUCUACAUAUGCACUACUGGCUUGUUGUUGAACGCCUGUUUGCACCAUAUACUGAAAACAAUUGUUUUAACAUUCUCGCCACCAGUCAUGGUGACGACGGGUAUGACUUGUUUGGAGUUCUCAUCGCUCAACACGUGGCAUUCUCGGCUCUUGCAACAAUGCAGCAAGUUGCAGACAGAACUUUGAAAGAAAUCAAUGACUCAGACGCCCUGAUAUCCGCCUGCAUUCUUCGGGGGCAAGGCCGAAUGUCCACCUUAAGCGAUAUUGUACUCAAGGUCUUGUACAAAAGUGCCCCUCUAGACCUGGCUAGCAAGAUAUCUAGAUUCACAAACGUCGGCGAGGACGAUAACUCACUGACACCUUUCAUGCCCUUACAGGCUGAGUGGCCAAUUUAUGUCGGUCAAGUCUCUCAGAAAGAUGAGCGCAGGCUUGGGAAUUUGUUCCGCGCGAUUAGUGAACUGUCUGCAGAUAACAGAGAUAGCGAUGAGGAGGAAAUUGUGGACUUUGUUUGA